AUGAGUCUACCGCCAGAAUAUGCACCUACAGCUUCUACAUCAUUCACAAUCUCAUCAGACUCUUCCAAAUUUAAUCAUGAAAUAACAAAAUCCUCGAUAAUAAAAACCACAAUACACAAAACAAUAUAUGAUUCACUAAGUGAAAUAUGUUCAAUAUUGCCAACUAUCGAAAUGUUGGAGAACUCGUUCAUAAAAGAUUAUAUAACAGAUAAAGAAAAAUAUACUUCCAUUACAUAUAGAUUAAUUCAUCAAUAUCAGAUUUUAAUAAAGAAUUUUGAUGAUUCAAAAUUUGAAAUUCUCAAAAAUUUAUUACCAAAUUUACAACCAGAUUAUUCUAAUUUUUUAUCUGAAUUCAUGAAGAAAUUUGACUUGAAUUAUCCAUUGGCUUUUAAUAGAUUAAACUCGGGAUUUCCAUCAACUAUUGAACACAUGGCUGGAUCCACCACUCAAGGAAAUGGAAAUAACAAUGGAAACAACAACAACAACAACAACAACAACACGGCAAAAGCAAGGUUGAUUGCUGAAAUUACUGGUAAUUUCAUUACAUGUAUGGAUGCAAUAAAAUUGAAUUAUAAAACAAGAGAUCAAUUACAUCCACUUUUAAGUGAACUCGUAGUCAAUUUGAAUGAAUUUAACGAAGAUAUUGAAUUCACGGGAAAAUCAAAAUUAAUUAAUUGGUUAAUUAAAAUUAAUAAUCUAGAAAAAGAGUUAUCGCAAGAAGAUUUAGAUUCAUUUUUAAAUGACUUGGAUAUUGCAUAUAAAGGAUACUAUUCAUCUUUAAAAAAUGAAUAA